GCAUGAGAUUCCACGCCCCCCCAUCCCAGCCCCCCUCCCUUCCCCCAGGUAUAAGAGCUGAGCUCAGGUGAGCCGGCUCCUCCUGUCUUGUCUCAGCCGCUCCCAGCAGGCAGAUCAUGCGUGAUCAGCUCCCCAGAGGCAGGCUGUAGGACGACAACGCUCACCACCAGACCACCGCACCGGGCGCCAUGGGACAGUGUCGGUCAGCCAACGCUGAGGAUGCUCAGGAAUUCAGCGAUGUGGAGAAGGCCAUUGAGACCCUCAUUAAGAACUUCCACCAGUACUCCGUGGAAGGUGGGAAGGAGACGCUGACCCCCUCUGAGCUGCAGGACCUGGUCACCCAGCAACUACCCCACCUCAUGCCGAGCAACUGUGGGCUAGAAGAGAAGAUUGCCAACCUGGGCAACUGCAGUGACUCUAAGCUGGAAUUCGGGAGCUUCUGGGCGCUGAUUGGAGAAGCAGCCAAGGGUGUGAAGAUGGAGAGCCCGGUUCCUGGGAGCUGAGGAUGUCACCCUGCAACUCGGGGGUGGGGGUGGGGGGUGUGCUGUUUGGGAGAGGGGACUGCAGAGACUGUGGGCCUGGGAAUAAAAUGCCUCCCCCAUCCCGACCACCAUCCUCACCAGCCUUGCACUUCUCAUCUGUGCAAAAUUCAGGGUAGUGACAGCUUCCCCAUGGACUCUGGGCACUGCAUCCGGCGUGUCCCCCAGGGCUCAGAAGUCCCUACCCCAGGGAAGCUCAAGGGUGGGUUGGUGUUGGGGAAGACAUGUGGGGAUGCUGGAUGGAUAAGGUUGGUGUAAGGGCCAUGUGAUUUGGUAGUUGGGAGGACAGGGAAGAGCUUGGCUGUGGGAAAUGAUUUGAAGCGUGGGCUGGGAAUGGAAUCUGGCUGGAUACUUGGAACUGUAAAGGGACCAGGAGAACCUACCUCUCCUAAUUUCUUCUCCAACCUAAAUCGUAGCCGUAUGUCCCAAGCUAUCCUUUUCUGGUCCCAGAGUUGCCCCAGCCCAGGGUCCCUCUGGGCAGGGAGAGCAGAGUUCUGGAAGAAGUUGAGUAGGAACUUUAGGAUGAGAAGACCAGCAAGGUGCUCGGACAUUUACAGAAUGAUUCUUGUUUUGUAUCCAUUUAAUAAAAAUAAAUAAAUAAAUAAAUAAAAAGAAAA